AUGAGCGAAAAGGAGCCAGAGUGCUCUUAUUUUAUCGGCUCACAGGAACACAAGCUGGACUUCACUUCCAUGGUCCAGAUCAAUGUCACCACAAGGUUUUAUAGAGAAGUUCGCUGCAGACCCGUCUACCGCUCCCCCCACUCCAUGAAGCCUUACCUGAAGACAGGGAUCCAGAGUAACCCAGCUGAGCCUGUCAGUGAUCCUCCGGGGGCCGACUUUAGCGUAGACCCUCUGAAGGAGUUCAGGUCCUGGUAUCCUCCGGUGUGGCGUCUGGCCUCAGAGCAGGACUUCAGCCUGGUGGAGCUUCCUGCGGGCACAGCGACCUAUCGGAGCGUCCACAACUUCUUCCACGAGAGCCUGCCUGAGACCGAAGUGGACAUCAUCAGCAUCCAGCAGGUGGAGAACGUCCUCCACUGGGACAAGUACCAAAGGCACAAGGCGCACAUGCAGAAGCAUCAGGAGGUGUCUACGGAGCCUCUGGAGAGACAAUUGUUCCACGGGACCAACAAAGAGGCCUCGGAGGAAAUCUGCCGCACCAACUUCGGCCCUCGCAUAGCCGGGCUAAACGGGACGUCCUGCGGUUUCGGAUCCUACUUCUCCAUCUCCGCCUCCUACUCCAACACCUACUCUGCCAUAGCGCGGCCCAACGGGGUCCGCCAUAUGUUCCUGGUCAAAGUACUGGUGGGGAACGUGACUCAGGGAAUGCCCAACUACCGCAGGCCGCCGCCAAUCAAGUCCAAGACGAGGCCGAUCGGUCGCUACGACACCUGCGUGGACGACGUGAAAAACCCCACCAUGUUUGUCGUUUUUGACAGCUGUCAGUGCUACCCAUACUACCUCAUCAAGUACAAAGAACUAACCGAUGAGAUUGAAAUUUGA